CUCGACUCGCUGGCCCGCCCUCGUAAGAUGCGGUUCCUUCCGGGUCGAGGUCUCGCGAGGAGCGCGGUUGCCGUGGAAACGGCAGCCAUGGCGGCGCCGGCACGGGUGUGCAGUGUCUCUCAGCGCUUGGAACGGGCGCUUUCAGCUGAGUCGUCCAUCACCGCCAGGACGGCAGGGCCCGUCGUGUCUCCCGUGUCCCUCGAUCUGCGCGUCUCGCCAGGGCAGGUUGCGGAGCUGCCCGGCAAGAACCUGUGGGAGCAGAUCUGCGAGGAGUAUGAAGCUGAGCUGCCUCCCUUUCCAGAAGGAUAUAAAGUCAAACAAGAAGCUGUGGUUACUGCGUCGCCAUCAGAGGAAAGGGUUUUCUACGGCUUCAACACGGAACACCUUUACCCAGCUGCUCCUUUAGCCGUGGUCCCACAAGUAUCCUGUCCUCAAGCUAAACGGGAAACAAUCGACCCAAAAACAUGUUCCCCCAGAGAAUAUUUGGAAACAUUCAUCUUUCCAGUUCUGCUUCCCGGAAUGGCUAGCCUGCUUCACCAAGCAAAGAAAGAAAAAUGUUUUGAGAGGAAAAGAACCAAAUUCAUUGCCUGUGAUUUUCUGACCGAAUGGUUAUACAAUCAAAAUCCAAAGAGGAUAGGGGAGACAUUCACAGAAUUCUUCUCCAUUCCAUUUGUGGAAGAGUGGCUGAAACUGCACCCACGGCCGGCGAUCCCACUCUCCCUCCUGCUGACAGAAUCGGCAGCAGCGCUCUGCAUUCAGUCCUUCUGGAGAGCCUAUCUGGUUCGCUGUGAUCCUGAGAUUCAAGAAUUGCGUCAGUGGCAGAAGAAACUGCGUGAGGACAAGCACAUCCGCCAGCGAGUCCAAAUUUUCUGGGCCAAGCAAGAGCAGAAAGGGGAGGAAACUGUCUCAGAGGUUAAGUCACUUGGUUUUGGUCAACAGCUGCUAGAGAGCAGAGCUGAGGACAUUUACAACUUUCCACAACAUCAUACUGCCUUGCUGUUCUCACACCCUUCCUUUCCACCAGUCCAUGAAUGGGUAGGCUGUGGGAGAGGUCUGGAAUCCAUGCUCUCAAAAGUGCAACAGAAGUUCAAUGAAGAAACAAAGGCCACACCAUAAAAAGCAAUGAAGGACUGAUACAUGCUCGAACGUGGACGAACCUUGAAAACUGAAAAACUUGAAAGCUUGCUAAGUGCAAGAAGACAGACACAAAAGACCACAUAUUAUAUGAUUCCAUUUAUGUGAAAUGUCCCGAAUAGGAAAGUCUAUAGAGAUAGAAAGUAGAUUAGUGCUUGCUUAGGGCCAGGAGGCUGAGGGAAUGGUGGUGAUAGCUAAAAGGUAUGGGGAUUCUUUGGGCGAUAAUGAAGAUGUUGUAAAAUUGAUCGUGGUGACGGUUGCACCUGUCUGUGAAUAUCCUAAAAACCAUUGAAUUGCAUACUUUAAAUGAGUGAAUUGUAUGGUAUGUGAGUUAUAUUUUCAUAAAUCUGUUACAUAAAAUAAAAAUGAAGGCACAGACUACCUCACAUCCAUAAAGAUGGAUACUAUCAAAAAAUAGAAAAUAACAAAUAUUGGUGAGGAUGUGGAAGAAUUGGACCCAUUAUGCAUUGUUAGUGGGAAUGUAAAAUGAUGCAGAUAAAGCGGUUCCUUAAUAAAUUUUUAAUUUGAAUUACCAUAUGAUCCAACAAUUCCACUUUGGGGUAAAUACAAGAAAGAGAGCAGAGACUCAACGAGAUGUUUGUAUACAUAUGUUAAUGGUAGCAUUAUUCAGGGUAACCAAAAGGUAGAAGUAACCCAAGUGUCCAUCAGUGAAUGAAUAGAUAAGAAAUCUGUGGUAUGUCCAUACAAUAGAAUAUUAUUCAGCCUUAAGAAGGAAGUUCUGACACAUGCCAUAAUGUGGAUGAACCUUGAGGACAUUAUGCUAAGUGAACUAAGCCAGUCACAAAAAGGCAAAUACUGUAUGAUUCCACUUAAAUGAGAUACUUAGAAUAGUAAUAUUCAUAGACACAGAAAGUAGGAUGGUGGUUGCCACGGGCUGGGAGGAGGGGAGAAUGGGGAGUUCUUGUUUAAUGGGUACUGAGUUUCUGUUUUGCGAGAUGAAAAGAGUUCUAGAGAUGGACGGUGGUGAUGGUUGCACAACAUGAAUGUACUUAAUACCACUGAAUUGUGCACUUUAAAAGGGUUAAGAUGGUAAAUGUUAUGUUAUGUGUAUUUUACCACAAUAAAAAAAAUUAGGAGGAAAAACAAUGAAGGCACAGACCCCAAAUUACCUCAUGGAUCGCUCCCUUACCAACAUCAGGCUCUGCUUAAUGUCAUCUUCUCAGUGUGCCCUCCCUGACCCCCCGACCCCCAGCCCUCCGCCCUGCUUGUCCCCAACUAACAUGUUAUCUACAGGGUGAU